UGCUCCACAUCUUUGCCAAGCCAACACAAAUGUUGGUCUGUGCGCAAAGAGCGAGUUUAUGUAGACGAUAGACUAAGAAUUGCUCACAUUUAAAGCUAGGUGGCAGCAGGUGUCGUGCGCGCGGAUUGGUUCAGGAGAGUCAGGCACUUCUCCGGAGACGCAUUCUUCCCUUCAGAGAGCUCACUCACCCUCAUGGAAGAAAAUGUGAACAUAGGCUUCGACCCUACCGGCAAGCCGGGGAUGAUGGAGGACCCUGGGAACGACACCGGCACUUUUGGGAACUCCAGCGACCCGUUUGGCCGGAACGAGGAGGUCGCCAAGAUCGAGAUCACGGUGCUUAGCGUGACAUUCUUCGUGGCUGUGGUGGGGAACCUGAGCGUGCUGCUGGCCAUGUACAUGAGCCGACGGAAGCCCUUGCGCAUGCACCUGUUCAUGAAACACCUGAGCCUCGCGGACUUGGCUGUGGCCUUUUUCCAGGUGCUGCCGCAGCUCUGUUGGGAGAUCACCUUCCGCUUCUACGGGCCUGACCUUCUGUGUCGUAUCGUCAAGCACCUGCAGGUGCUAGGGAUGUUCGCGUCCACCUACAUGAUGGUGAUGAUGACGCUGGACCGCUACAUCGCAAUCUGUCACCCGAUGCAGAACAUUCACCAGCCCACGCAGCGCGCCUAUAUGAUGAUCGGGGCCACCUGGGUGUGUAGUCUUGCCCUGAGCAUGCCCCAGUAUUUCAUCUUCUCACUGAGCGAGGUCCGCCCGGGCUCGGCCGUGUAUGACUGCUGGGGACACUUCAUCCAGCCGUGGGGUGUGCGCGCCUACAUCACCUGGAUCACCGUGGGCAUCUUCCUCGUGCCCGUGGCCGUGCUCAUGCUCUGCUACGGCUUCAUCUGCCGAUCCAUCUGGCUGAACAUAAAGUACAAGACCCAGAAGAGCACGAUUGCGAUGGCACUUGUGACCAAGAAUAGGCUGAUCGGAAAGAGUUCAGUCAGCAGCAUCACCACAAUCUCGCGCGCCAAGCUGCGCACAGUGAAGAUGACUUUUGUGAUCGUGCUGGCGUACGUGGUGUGCUGGGCUCCGUUUUUCACCGUACAGAUGUGGUCGGUGUGGGAUGAGAGCUUUUCGUGGGAUGACUCCGAGAACACCGCAGUCAUCAUCUCAGCUCUGCUGGCCAGUCUGAAUAGCUGCUGUAACCCGUGGAUCUACAUGAUCUUCAGCGGCCACCUCCUCUCUGACAUGGUCCACUGUCUGCCGUGCUGCCGGAGGCUGUUCCACAGGUUCGGCCAUCAGGAUUCGAACAGCAGCAUCCGCCACACCACACUCCUGACCCGGGUACCACUCCCGGCCCUACCCCGGCGGAGCUCAGAGAAAAGCUCUUGCAAAGAUUGCAUUCACCACUCCCACAGGAACUGUCAAUCAAUCCCGGUGGAGUCUUGACCCCGUGCUCACACUAAACACUGUCCAUAUGGUUCAGUUUAUGUGCCACAGCGACGACGGCUGUCGUAUGUUCAAAUCAAAUCAAAUUUUAUUUGUCACAUACACAUGGUUAGCAGAUGUUAAUGCGAGUGUAGCGAAAUGCUUGUGCUUCUAGUUCCGACAAUGCAGUAAUAACC